CAGAUAGGAGGAUAACAUAGAACGGACUUGGCAACCCGGAAGUACUGUGCGCAAAGUGCAAACAAGCGCGUCGGUGUCGAGGGAACAAAGGAGGGUCGAGUCAAUACUAUGGAAAUAGUUUGCACUCCCUAGUCCAGCCUCCACCAUGUCAAAACGGCCAUCUUAUGCCCCUCCCCCUCCCCCCGCCCCCACAACACAAAUGCCUUCCACCCCAGGGUUUGUGGGCUACAACCCUUACAGCCAUCUGGCCUACAACAACCUCCGGCUGGGAGGGAGCUCCGGAGGCUCCAGCAGGAACUCAUCGGGCAUCACCGUCCCAAAGCCUCCCAAACCUCCAGACAAGCCACUGAUGCCUUACAUGCGGUACAGCCGGAAGGUAAGCAGGAAGGUAUGGGACCAGGUGAAGGCAUCCAACCCGGACCUGAAGCUGUGGGAGAUUGGAAAGAUUAUCGGAGGGAUGUGGAGGGACCUGACUGACGAAGAGAAACAGGACUACCUGAACGAAUACGAGGCAGAGAAGAUUGAGUACAACGACUCUCUGAAGGCGUACCACAACUCGCCGGCCUAUCUGGCAUAUGUUAAUGCUAAGAACCGGGCAGAGGCGGCGAUGGAGGAGGAGAGCAGGCAGAGGCAGAGUCGCUUGGACAAAGGAGAGCCGUAUAUGAGCAUCCAGCCGGCUGAAGACCCCGAUGACUAUGAUGAUGGUUUCUCGGUGAAGCACACGGCAGCGGCCCGCUUCCAGAGGAACCACCGGCUCAUCAGCGACAUCCUGAGCGAGAUCGUGGUGCCAGACGUCCGCUCAGUGGUUACCACGGCCCGCAUGCAGGUGCUGAAGAGACAGGUCCAGUCGCUCAUGGUGCACCAGAGGAAGCUGGAGGCAGAGCUUCUGCAGAUUGAGGAUCGCCACCAAGACAAGAAGAGGCGGUUCCUGGAGACCACUGACACCUUUAACACUGAACUCAAACGGCUGUGCAGCCAGAAGGUUGAAGUUGACAUGGAGAAGCUAGCAGCAGAGAUGGCUGCUGCUGAAGAGGCAGCCAGGCGACGGGCAGAAGAGAGGGAGCGUGAGGCAGCUGAGCAGGCCGAGAAAGCUGCCCAGCAGGCUCAGGAACAACAACAACAACAACAACAACAACAGCAGCAGCAACAGCAGCAGCAGCAGCAGGAGGCGGCGGCUGCAAGCAAAUCUGCUGUCAGCCUCGAGCAGAGCAGUGCUAAUGCUAGCACUGCAGCUAACCCCAUCUCAGGGAAUAAGGAGGAGGACAAACCCACUCCGAUGGAGACAGACGAGCCAGCGCCUGCAGAAUCCUCCGCAGACCCUCAGCCUCCCCAGCCUCCCCUAUCUGACCCCGCCUCUUCCUCCCCUGAUAAGCCCGCUCCUCCCUCUGAUCCUCCCAGGGAGAGCAUCACUGCUCCCAGCAGCGCCCCCAGUGAUGACAGCAGCAGCAGCAGCAGCAGCAGCACCAGCAGCAGCAGCAGCAGCAGCAGCAGUGCUAGUGGAGGUGGUAGUGGUAGUGCACCUCCAUGCUCUGACAGCAUCCCUGCGGCUGUAGCAGCUCCAGAUCCCCCAGCUGCCCGGGAAGCCAACCCCAGCGCAGUUAACCCUACCCUGGCCACAACCCCAGUACCUCCCCCUCCCCCCGCACCGACCUCAGAAGAACCAGCCCCUCCGCCACCGCCACUGCCACCCCCCAGCCAGACCAGCCAAUAGGGUGAGACCUGAUAGUCAGUCUAGACCCAGGGUUAGCUAGAUAUACAGUGGUAGCUAUUUUAGAAGUCCCUCUGGAGGGAGCAGCAGUGCUGCAGUUGUGCAGCAAGUUUGAACCGGGACUUAUACAGUGGCUAUAUAACAGAUCUGGGGAAGGAGAGGAAGUGGCAAGUGUUUGAGGGUCUGCAGUUGAGGUCAGUAACAUCAACACUGAUAGGGAUUUGAAAGAUAUCUGGUUGGAUCCAAACAAAAAUCUUUUUGGAAAGGGGAGAUUACGAUUUGGAUGGGGUUCACUGUGGAAUCAGUAAAAUCUGUUAAUAUUUCUUUAUGAUUGACUCAGCAUGCCUGGUUUAAUGGUUUGAGUAUGGUAAUUCAGAUAUCACCAAAGAGUGUAUAAGUUGACCCCACUGAGUUAAUGCUCUUGGCAUUUCUCAGGCCAUUCCUCUUUUUAUCCCACGUGUGCUUGCUAGAUUUUAUAGGACAAAACAAGGAGUGGACAGUGAGUGCAGACUUAUCCUGCCUUCAAGUGCAACAUCUGAAGCUCGUAUUUCCAACAUCAGACCUCCUGCUUACGUCUUGACUGGCGCACAGAAAUGUGGGAGCUGUUAAAAACCUUUACAAAUCCCAACCCACAAACUGGGGCAGCAUUUCUGUUUCCCGGUUUCCGAUAGGGAGUUACUGGUUCAAGGUGGUGUUGGUGUGCUCGUAAACUUGUAAAUGCGGUGUUUCCAUUGAGCACUUGAAGGCUCUAUGACAUCUGGGUGCCGUCAGAUGACAGAGGGCUGACCAACAUGUUACAUACACAUAAUCUGACUGCACUCUUAUCUCACUGUCACCACCGUUCACUCCUCACAUUGUCCAGUGUCCUCUGAAUCCUCCGAUACAUUUCCACCGCUGGCUGGGUCCAUGUUCAUAAAUGACCUAAGAAUAGCAACGCUGACCUUUGAUCCGGUUAAAUGUGCAGUCAAGUUGACCAUAAAUCCCAGAUCACCAACUCUUCACUGGCAACUGCAUUGUCCUCCUGCCGUUAGAAGGCUGAUUAGAGCUCACCAGUGGCUAGCUGCAGCAGCGCAGCAGUGCUAAUGUGCCUGGCCAGCUUGUCCAUGUUCAAAACCCAAGAAAACAAAGUGAAAGUGGUUAACUCAGUCUUCUGUUUCUCUGGUUGCAGAAACUGAGUCGACUUCAGGUGACUUCUGUCAGGAGUUAUGGUGGGAAGGCAUGGUAACAUUGUAACAGCAUGUACAUGAGCUUCACUGGGUGUAAUUAAUAUCUGGAGAUAGGAUGUUCCUUGAAACCUUGACGUGAUGUAGGGUCAACCUGGCAUGGAAGGACCUCAACUCUUUAUCAUUCGAAACCUCACGACCCUGUAGUUUUCACUUUGUGUGCUUUUACGUUACUACUAUUACUACUACUACUACUGUCGCAUCUGUUUUUCCUAUUACUGUUUUUUUGUGUUUUUUUUGUUGGAUAUAUAAUAGAAUCUGUUAGAUUUAUAUAGCAAUUGAAUUCUGCUUUCAUAUGAAACUCUGGAAAAGGAUGUCAUUUAAAACAAGUUUGAGUUUGGCUUGUGUUCAGGGGUCGUGCACAGGUUUGGGAAAAAAAUGGCUAAGUAUUGGAAAAUGUGUUUGUAAACAGCCACUAUUUACAAAUAGUGGCUGUUUACAAGUAUACAUCAUGCAGACAGCUUCAGUCUUCAGAUCCAGUCAGUAACGGGUUGUGAAAUGAAAAAAUGUGUAGGAGCCCCGUGUUGCAUUUCAGCACAGAGCGUUAACUCCAACCACUUGUUACCAACACACCUGAACUGUGAGGGAAUUUGUUUUGUCACCCAUGUGCACAUAAAAUGCAUGUUUGAUCCUCUGGAAUAGAAACACAAUUGGCAAUGCUAGCUUGGCUGGAGACGACGCAUCAGGCUGCAAAAGUUACAUCAGCAACUUUGUAAGCUGCCCAAAUCUGUCCAGUGCAUCUGUAAAAACCAAACGUCCGCUCAGGUUUCUUAGUGACGCCAGCAGCCGUUCUUGUUCCAUGGAGGGCCAAAAAAAAUGCAGGUUUUUCCUUUAGUCAGACUGCACAGCAGCUGAUUUCACUGAUGACAUGCUCACCUUGACAGCAGGCUGCUUUUCCAUGACAUCAGCUGGCGUGCUGAUUGGUCAGCUGCUCUUUGAGCCCUCCAUGCCACAAGAUGGAUGUAACACUGUCAUGUCAGCAGGUGUCCUCCCUCCUGAAGUGUCCUUGAGCAGGUCAGCGAACCUCUGCCUGUUCUGUAGCUGACCUCUGACCUCUGUGGAGGGGGGAGGAGUUUGCCGACCGGGCUCAAUGAAGUUAACAUUAUUUCACAAACAGGAUCAACUAUGGGAAUUCAGGAUGUAAGGAUUUGCAGCCGUGCGUCACUCUAGCCAGUCUUCCAGUGGUUUUGGAGAUAUGUAGUUGACAAAUUGACACUGAAUAUAAGAUGUAUUCAAGGAUGUUUAAAAUAAGUUUUUAAUGUGCCCCUGUACCAUAAGCUAAAUACUAAGGUAAUUUUUUUUAACUACUCAGACUGUCCAUGAAGACUACAUCACCACCAUUUAACUUCACCAGACAAAUGCACACGCUGCCCUCAAACGUAACCUCAGUCUCUUAUGCAUUUAAAGGACUGUUUUCUUACUUGAACCAGACUGUUUUUAGUAUUACGCCUCUGUGUUUUUUGCAUCUUUCUUUUGUACUGUCUAAACUUAUCUAUCCAAAUAAAGAUGACCUCUCUCUGCCUUUCA